UGUGGUCUCCGCGCUCUCCGGUCAAAACGCGGUUUGUGAGCGCGCGGAGAUGCAGCCCCGGAGCCCCAGGGCGCGAGACGGAGCCGGAGCGCCACUCCGCCCGGCACGAGAGCAGCGGACACCACGGAGGUCCCCACGUGUGUUUAAUCUAUCCCCUGUGUGGUCCAGCUGUGGUCAUGGCCGCGUCACUAGAUGGAGGCUGGUCCUGGGUCAUCGUGCUGGCCUCCUUCAUGGCCCAGCUGCUGGCUUUCGGCUCGCCCCAGGCGGUGGGUGUCCUGUACCCAGAGUGGCUCGCUGCCUUCCACGAGGGCAAGGGCAUGACCGCCUGGGUGGGCUCCAUGGUGUCAGGGGUGGCACUCAUCGCAAGUCCACUUUGUAGUGCGUGUGUGGAUAAUUUUGGUGCCCGACCGGUCACUAUAUUCAGUGGUGUGAUGGUGGCAGGGGGGCUGAUGCUCAGCGCUUUUGCCCCUAAUGUGUCCUUCCUGAUCUUCUCAUAUGGCAUCGUCGUCGGUAUGGGCUGUGGUCUCGUCUAUGCAGCCACCCUGACCAUCACCUGUCAGUAUUUUGACAAGAGGCGUGGCCUUGCCCUGGGCAUCGUUACUACAGGAACCAGUGUGGGUGGGUUUCUGUAUGCAACGGCGCAGAAUGAGCUGAUUGAGCUGUUCGGAUUGGAUGGCUGCUUACUGAUCGUUGGGGCUCUGGCGCUGAACCUGAUGGCAUGCGCUGGCCCCAUGCGACCCUUGAACCUUCCAGGCUAUUAUCUCAAACAGAAGGCCGCUCUGUCCCACAAGGAUGGACCACUGUACGACAAACCAGCCGCCAUCAUUAUCAUCGAUUCCAGUACCACGAAUGGCUCCACCCACAAGUCCCCUGUGAAGGAGCUCUUGAUCUCCAUGGAGACCGGAGAGCCAAGAGCAGAGCCUGCAUGCUCCCAGGUGGUGCGGGUCGUCAAAAAGCGCCUCCGACCGCACGUGGAUUACCUUUACACGAUGGCUGAAUAUUUACAGGACCGCACCUUUACUGCCUUUUGCAUCUCCAUCUUCCUCUUCAGCUUAGGCGCAUUCCCACCCGUCCUGUUUAUGGAGGAUGUAGCCCAGAGUGAGGGCCUCAUCGAGCACGUGGCCAUCAUCCCACUCGUCUCCAUUGUUGCCGUGGCAACUGGCAUGGGCAAAUUGGUCCUGGGUGCCCUCGUUGAUGUGCGGUGGGUCAGCGGCCUGCUCCUCUAUGCCCUGACGGUGAUGGGCUCAGGUGUGGCUCUGCUGCUGGUGCCCGCUUGGAAGAGCUACGUGGGACUGCAGGUGCUGUCUGCCACACUUGGCUUCUUCUCAGGCAAUUGGUCACUCACAUCCUACAUUACCACACACAUCGUAGGCAUUGAGCGCCUCAGCCAGGCGCAUGGCGUCCUUAUGUGUUUUGGAGGCUUCGGGAUCAUGCUGGGACCUCCUGUCGUAGGCUGGCUCUUCGACUGGACCCAGUCAUAUGACCUGGCAUUCUACUUCAGUGGGUCCUGUGUGGUGUUGGGAGGCGUGGUUCUGUUUCUGGCUGCCUUGCCUUGCUGGGACCGGGAGAAGAAAGAGAAGAACAUGCCGGCACUUGAUCCAGAUAAACAAAGUACAUCUGACAAAGUGGCUUCAGUGGCCUGAGACACCUUAAAACAAUGGUUCAGCCAAGACACAGUUUUCCCUCUACCCAAUUAGCCAAUACAUGUUUGCUUCUUUAGCAUACACUGGAGCUAAUGUAGCUAACAAGUAAGGGAAGAUUCCAGAUACUACUUUAAACAAAAUUGUUUAUGUAGUUUUUCACGCUCUGUGACAUGCUUUAUAGUACAUAGCUAAAUCUAGUGGUACCAGCCAUCUUGAAGCAUAUUACAUUAAAGAAAAAUUCAGGUAUCAAGACUACUACUGUCCAUUUCUACUUGUCCAUUACUUGUCUGCUACAUUAGCCUCGUAGCCCCAGUGCAAACCAAGAGAAGCAAACGUUAGACACCAAACAUGUCUCAGCAGAUUGACCACAUUUGAGGUUAGUGGAAUGUAUUACCCGUGUGUUGAUUCAGCUGUGUAACUGUUGCCUGAACCAUCGUUUUAGCAUAACGCUAAGCUGAUUGGCACCUCUCCUUAACGCCUUAAAGCUGCCAUAUAUCUACAGAAGUCUAUAUUGACACUUUCAUGCAUCAGCUUAUCUUUAUUUCUUUAUUUAUUUCUUCUCGUUCUCACCAGCUACGAAUAGCUAGUUCUAGCUAGAGGAAUUUCACUACCAGAUUUGGUCAUUGAAAACGCACAGAAAUAGAUUUUUUAAUUUUGAAUGCAAUUUUUAUGCUUUCUGUAUUUCAUAGUGAUGCACAGUUCUAUUUUCUGUAUCUUGUAAAUGUAAUUAAUAUAAUUAUUGCCUCAUUUCUAGAGGACUAUAAGGUUAUUAGACAAGCAUAUAUUAGGUUAGAUUUAGCAGACAGUGGGUUUUGUACAAUGUGCAGUCAAAGUACUGUAGCCUGAAUUUCAAGGCGUCUGGAAUCAAGACUUAAUGUGAUACAGUAAAGACAUCCUGGGAAUUCUACACUGUAAUAGUCAAUAGUAAGAAAAAGGCAUUAGACUGUUCAGAUUAGUCACAGAACACAUGGUGUUUGUUGUUAGGUUGUCUCUCUCUACCAUCCAUGCCAAACUCCAAAGAUUUCUAAUGGUGUUCCAGGGAAUGUUGACAGGGACUGGAAUCACGGAGGGAAUCCGUUUUGAAGGCCAUGUCAGGGACUGAGCUCUUUGCUAACCUUUUUGCUAAGGGUUGGGGAAGCUUCAAUUAGCCUAGCAUGUCCUGACUGGUUCCUGAAAUUGCCAAAAAUGAAAUUUACACAGUUUCCAUCCUUAAUCCAAAUCAAGCCCCUCCAGAGUAAAAUCCCUAAGGGUGCUUCAGAAAUGAAUGAGGUUACACAAUAAGAAAGUACAUGAGUUAAAUGCUAAUUUGUGGUGAUUACUACAUGUGCUUUCAAAGAAUGGUGCUUUAAAAAAAACAACACAAUACUAUGAUUCCACUUUAGGAUAUUUGAAUACUACUGUUUUUAAAAAAAUCAAUGUCCAUUGUUAGCUGUGUUUGAUUAGCUUCUUCAACAUCAGACCAAGGAUGCUAACUGCAGGCUUUAUCAGACAUAUAAGCGCUAUGUAGAUUAAACUAUAGUCUAUAGUCUUUGCUAUACUACAAGAGCCAUUCAAGUCAUGUCGCUGUGAUACGUUUGUUGUUCUACGUUUGCUUCAUUUGUUUUGUACUGGGCCUGUGCUAGCUAGGCUAACGUAGCUAAGAAUUAUCCUUGCGUACACUGUACGCUUAAAUCAUCACCUGCUUUGUUGGAAGACUUGCUUGUGAAGUAUAGAUACAUACAGCUACUUAUAAAAAUGGUAAGAAGUAGCAGGGGACAGUUUGAAGCCUGAAUUUUGUCCAGAAUUUUGUCCACAUAAGCAUGACAUCCUUGUGGAAAAAAGACUGACUUCCAGGGGGUCCAACCUUUUACUAGCAAGAAUUAGUGUACCUAAUAAAGUGGCCAGUGAGUGUAUAGUACAGUGAAUGGCUAAUGUCAGUUAGACUCGUUUAUGUGGGCAACAAGCAACAUGUUAACUAAGUAAAUGGAGAAAGUAACUUGUUUUGCAUUGGCUCACGUUUCCAAAGUUAGCAAGUCUAUGGAAUUAAGGUUUAGCGCAACCCAAAAUUCUAAACGCUACAAUUUUUCUCCAGGCAAAUGAUUCCAUGCAUUAGUGUUAGCUUGGCAGUUCCAGGGCAAAACUUAGCGAACAUCAAGACACCAAACAUUUCUUGACUAGUCAACUACGCAUGAGGUAACGGGGAAACUGUGUAAAUUAGAUAGAUAAACUAUUCCUAAGUUGCUUUCCUAGCGCACAGACUUGCCUUCCUGUUUUUAUAGAUACUUUCUCUUCGCGAUUCCUCCUAACUUCUUUUCCUUCAGUGCUAAACCAAAGUUGCUGGUGGACUGACCACCCAGGCCACUGCACAUGCUAUGCCUGACCAGAAAAUAGCCUUACUGUAUAAAAUUUUUUUUUUAAAGGAAGAACCACAACAUGUUUGCUGGCUGUGUUGUGCUGCCUACUGGAUGGACAACAGUACAAGACUAGCGAGCAAUUCAAACAUGCUGUAGAAAAAAAAGACAAAAAUAGAUGUUAAAUAAAAGUUUGACUUUCAUAACGACGUUGUUCUAGCCAUCCACAGUCCUUCAGCAGGCUGGUCCCUGAAUAUAGAACUUCUUGUACUUUUGUUUUGUUGUCAUUUUUUUGUGAUUAGUACUGUGAAUGUAAAAAAUGCCCCUAGGAAACUUUUCUUAGACAUGCACUGAAGAAAGUGUAUUGACAUACAGAGCUUGUGUUUGUCACAUUUUUUCAUGUAAUGUUUUUGUCUGCUUGUUUGUUUUUAGGACUAAAGACUUUUUUUUAGUCUGAAAGGUUUUACAGAUGUGCAGAAAAGGUUAUGCCACUAAAUCCUGAUGUUGUUUUAGAUGCCCACUCUGUCUUAUUCUCUCCUUUUUUAAAUAUGAGUGUAACUAUAAGCAUAUUGUGUGUUUUUUUAAGUGCCAAUAAAAAAACAACUUGGUCAAAGU